UCAAACCGUCACUUAAAUACAAAUAAAAAUAAAAUGGAGGAAAGAAGAAACGAGAGUGAAAUAAAAAGAGAAAUUCCCGAAUAUUCCGACAUCGUCGAUUUGAUGGGAAGAUGGGGAUAUUUGCAAAAGAAGCUUGUCAUGUUUCUAUUUUUCUUUGGAUUUCCUAAUUGUUGGAAUAAUCUAGGAUUAACUUUUAUGGCACCUAAAAUAAAUUAUUGGUGUUCGUCUAAUUUAAAUAUGUCGGAAGAAGACUGGAAGAAAUACAUGCUCCCGAAGGAAGAAAGAGAUGGAAAAUUAACGUAUAGUCAAUGUCGUAUGUACGACAUUCAUCUUAAUACUACAAAUUCUAGUGAUGAAAUAGAAUGCCAUCGUUGGCAUUAUGAUCUUGACUUUUAUCAUUCAACAAUAAUCGAAAAGUGGGAUUUAGUAUGUGAUAAAGCAUGGCUCACCUCCUUAAGUCAAACCUUAUAUUUCUCUGGAUUUUUAGUUUCAAUGUUUAUAUGUGGACAGUUAUCUGACAGAUUCGGUAGGAAACGAAUUAGCUUACUUUGUGUUAUUGGUGCGGGCAUUUCGGGAGUAAUAUGUAUGCUAUCUCCAACUUAUACCCUAUUUGCAGCUUCACGAUUUUUUAUAGCAUUCUUUAGAUCCGGAUCAUACAUAUGCAUGUAUGUUUUGGUUAUGGAAUGUGUCGGUAAAGAAUAUCGUUCUCAUGUUGGAUUAAUUCAGAAAUACGGAUGGGCAACAGCUUAUAUUAUAUUACCUGCUAUUGUCUGGUUGGUCAGGGAUUGGUUUUACAUUCAACUUAUAGCUACGUUACCAUUCUUCCUCCUUUUAAGUAUUUAUUGGCUAGUUCCAGAGUCGCCUCGUUGGUUAUUGUCUCAAAAUCGCCUGGAAGAAGCCGAAACUAUUUUGAAAAGAUGCUUAAAAGAAAACAAUAUUAAAGUUGAAAAUCUGAGAGAAAUUGUAUUAUUUUUAUCUGAAAAAAUUAAGAAUGAAAUGGGAGAUAAAAAGAAGCGCCAAGCAAACAUUCUAGAUUUAUUUAAAACACCAAACUUGAGGAAAAAAACAUUAAUUCUAUGUUACGCAUGGUUUUCUUCGGCUUUCGGUUAUUAUGGAUUAUCUUUAAAUGCCAACGAGAUAGGGGGACAUCCAUUGUUAUAUUUUUUCUUUAGUGGAUUAGUGGAAUUUCCUGCUGCAACAUUAGGAAUGUUAUUAAUUAAAUAUAUCGGUCGUCGUAGGCCUCAAGUUGGAUUUCUUAUUUCCAGUGGCAUCAUUUGCAUCUUAGCUGCAGUUGUACCUUCAAAUUUAUUAGAAUUGAGGAUAUUUUUCGCAGUAAUGGCGAAAUUAUGUGUAUCGGCAUCAUUUUUAAUUAUAUACAUCUUCUCGUCAGAGAUUUAUCCUACUGUUAUUAGAAAUGUUGGCAUGGGUACGAGUUCCAUGUGCGCUCGGAUAGGAACUUUAGUUGUGCCAUUUUUGAAAGAAUUGGGAGAGAUUGUUCAUCAAGCAUUGCCGUUAACUUUACUUGGCACGUUUUCAAUCACUAGUGGGCUUCUAGUCUUGCUUUUACCAGAAACUUUACACACUCAUUUGCCAGAUACAUUAGCAGAAGGGGAACAAUUUGGAAGGUAA